CUCCCGAUUUUCGUGGUUUUCGUCGUUUUUGUGUUGGUGUUGCGUGUGGCUGGGAUGUGAGAACGAAAGUAUUGGUUUUUGCUAUCUUUCUAAACAGGAUGGAUCGAGUAGAAAGCGACAAAUGAUGCUGGGACUCGUUGCUAAGCUUCCAAGCAUGUCAUGGAACACGAACACUUUCCCAAAUACAUAAAGGUCGGAACCUCGAACGAUGUAAUCUUGUCGAACAUCAGGGUCAAACCGGGUUAUGAAGAGCGGCUGUCGUACGACCACUACAAGGUAAUUGAGGGAAAACUCUCCCGUCAGCUUCAGCAUCAGCUCGACGAGACAGACCCGGCGCGACCAGGCAUACUGAACACGAUUUGCGGCGAAAUCAUCAUGGGUGACACAAAAUUUGUAUACAAUCUGAGAGAGAGACGAAAUCUUCCUGUCCACUUGAUGGUGACAGGACAAGCUAGAAAGCGAAAACAAUGGAAGAAGGUUAAGGAAGGACAUGUAGAUGAUUCCAUCUUCAAGUACAGAAACUAUGGAGGCCUUUUCAUGAAACAGAGCGUCGUCCGGGCUGAGCUUGUUGUAACCAUUGAACGCCUACCCCUGAGUGACUCGCAGAGUUGGAAGAAUACUCCAGUUGGGAAGGAAAAUACAGAUGCAAAAAGUGCUUACUUCAAAGGUGACCCAGACGUAAAGGCUCAGACUCCGCAGGAAAGGAAGACACUAAGGCACCUGUUCAAAGAGAAAGAUCGCAGGAAAAGGAAGCUGAGUAGUUCUGACUCGGAGAACACCGCUACGCUUACUUCAAAGGCAAAGUCAAGACACCAGAGCUCGGUCUCACAACAUUCGAGGACUACAGAAGAAAGCCUGGCACGAAAAGUAAAGAAGGAAGAUCAGCGUGCCCUUGCAAAUUGCAUGGACAGUUCACAAAAAGAAAAACAAAGUUCAGCAGAGGAUAAGGAUAGAAGAAGCGCUGUCGCACAGAAAGUGAAGGAAUCUAAAGGGAAAGUACGUGAUGAUGAAACAGCAGCAACAAAACUCAGCACUGACAAAAGUGGGGGUAAGGGGACUUGGAAGCAAAGAGAAGUUUCAUCAAAUUCCGUAGACACGAUGCCAGUUCGUCAUUUUAAGAGCAUGACAGGAGGUGGAUGUGUUAGUCCUUUCACAUCUGGUUCUCAAGGCGAGCCUCUCGGAAGCCAAGGUGCUUCUAUAAAGGGAAUACCUGAAGGAACUCAGAAGAGCGCAGAUAUAAGGAAAGCAUCACAAAAGGAGAGCCAGAGAGAGAAACUAACACACAGGGAGUGUCGUAAGGAUAGGGUACCUUACAAAGAAGACAGACCGUCACAUCAACACAAGCGUGAUGAGAGGACAAAUGAUUCGCAGAAAGAAGGGAAAAAGAACAGCAAGGCAGAAGCCCCACAAGAGAAACCUACAAAAAAGUCCUCGCUAAUCAAAAAGACACGUAAAGACAAGGGCGAGAAGCUAAAAAAGCUGCUAACGGACUGUGGACUGUCUGACUCGGAUUCAGGGAAUGAGAAUACAUUGAAGAAGGAGAAAAAGAUAUUGAACGUGGAAGUGCAGUCACAGCAGAUGAAGAAUGAUCGUUUGUCACCACUUCAUGCCUUGCAGAGGGGUUCAGAAACGUUGAAGGAAAGCAAGAGAGAAAGCUUAGAAGAUUUUGACUUACUGCGUAGAAAAAUGCAAAAAAGAACAGAAAGGGUCAGGAAAUUGAAAACAUCAACGAGCUUGUGCAAGAGCUUACUCUUCGCGUCAGAUGAUGAUGAUGAUGAAGAGAAUAUGAAAAAAAGUAACAUUGGGGACGAAUACAACCCGUCGAUAAUGAUUAAGAAAGAAGCUGACCGAUGCAGUCAGGACUAUUCACCUACGCCCGUGAAGAAGCACGUAAAUGAAGAUGAUGCCUAUGUUCCUACAACCAUGAAGAAAGCCCAGAAAGAAGAUGGAGCUGCCCCGUGUGUUAAACCUCACUUGCAGCCAGAGGAGUACAUCCCAACUUCAAUUUCUCCAAUCAAGUCGGCAUCACCAGUAAAUAUGUUGCGGGGCCGAUACGAGGAGUAUGUGCCACAAGCCAUCACCAGCACGGCACAGCGGCAGUUGCAUACUAUCGAUUAUGUCCCAACACCUAAGAAAGACAAGCCACAAUUGUACACACCUGAUAUGUGGCAAAAUGCACUGUACAUUCCAGACAGCCCAGCAGCUGCCGCACUGCCAUGUGGCGGCACUUCUGUGGUGCAAUUGGAAGAGGAGAUCAAGUCGUCCAGGGACGUGAAGGAACUUGACGACAAGCAUAUAAAGUAUCUCUUCUACAAAUGCAUGCCAGAGAUGGAAGGAAUUAUAAAGAAAAAGAUUUGCAGCUGGAGAAAUGAUGACUACCACCAGGGUGGAAAAGCAAAGCGCAUGCUCACAUACAAGGUGUAUUCCUCUGCAUUCUCAGAUGAGCAGAUCGAUCUCAUCUCCCAUAUGUUCAUCGAUGAAUAUGUCAUGAGGAGGAAUGUGACUGGCGAUUACCUAAACCAGGUGCUUCUGCCCGAGUUCCUCAUUCGAGUGUACAUGGCAGCCAAUGGCACAACUCAUGAAGAAAGUGACAGGCUAAUGGCUGCCACACCAUUCAAGCUGUUUGACGUGCCCACACACUUGUAAUUAACAUCACUGUACCAGUGAUUUCCAUGAACUCUAUACAUUUCAUUUGCCCUUGCGAGGGAACAGUGUUGGAAACUUCUGUUUUACUUAGCUGUUAUCAGUGUUCCUGCAGUGGACUAUGUACAUUUUAUAUGUGCCCUUUUAAGGCAGUGCUAUUUCUUGUUUCAUGGCACCUGACAGCACAUUUUAUGUGCACCUGUUUUCCCAACUCAAAACUAGUCACUUUUAGAGUGCCACAUUGCACAUUACAUUGUUCCUUGUGUAAAUAUGGUAUGUAAAUGUGAUUGCAAAAAAAAAGCAUUCAUUGUUAAUGUACAAAUAAAAUGUAUUUACAUGAGA